CGACCGAUUGCAUUAUUGAGAUAGCCGUAGCGGAGUUAUAAAGCAUGGUAGCUUAUAACGAGUAAAGCUUAUUUGCUCGUGCAGUGUAGAGCUGUAUGAUUUGUAUCAAUAUCCGUGUUCAUUUGCACCGAGACGUAACGUUAGUGCUAUCGCUAAUGCCCUGGACUCGAUCACGUUGCUGACGCUACGUCCCGAAAGGAAUCCAACAUCAGCGGUUCAUCCUUAGUUCCAGACGGCAAUAUUACUGGUAGUUUGGCUGUGCAUAUCUCAGGUAACAUCAGGUGCUGGGCGAGAAGAUUCAGACGUAAAAGGAAUCAGGAAGCGGUCACCACAGAGGACCACAGCGGACGGGCGUUUUGGCCGGAGCGAGGAAGCGGCUUGAGAACGGGGGGCGAGAUCGAUAGAGAACGAGAGAGGUGUUGUGUCGCGUGGUGUUGCGUUGCGUCGUGUGGCGUCACAUCGGCUGCAGGCAGCUGCGACCUCAUCUGGUCCGCUCCCCCCCCCCCCCCUGACCCUUCCCCUCCCUGUAUAUCCCUACACACCCUUAAAACACUCUCACGGCGGGAUUGUACCUGUUUCUCUUGGAGUGUCUCUCUCAUAGUAUACCUCUGCUGACACUGGCAGCCCAGUUUACAGCCCUCUGGGACCGUGGUCUUCUUUUGCCCGAAAGGAAUCGCACUCGUUUAGAGAUUUCUGCAGUUUUAUUCAUUCUUGCAAUUUUUGCUGUUUUCUUUUUUGUUUCUCUUCCUGGGAGAGUUAUUAGCUGAAGUGCCCAGUGUUUUUUUUCCCUUUGGUUUGAUUUUCUUUUUUUAAAAUUGCCUUUUGUUUGAGUUGUGUUUUUUGACCCUUCUCCCACCCCAUCCCUUUCCUAAUUGAGGCAGCUAUCCCCACUCUCUACCUUAUCCUGGGAGUUCUCUCUCUCUUUCUCUCUGUUACACACGCUGAUAACAGACAGGUUUGCAGCCGCUCAAACGCGCACACAAAGAGUAACAAACGCGCACACACACACACACACACACACACAAUCACUGGAUGCAAACAGGACUCUCGGAUCCACACAGAACCCACCUGCUCCGCUCAACAGGACAGGACUUUCAGCUCUUGGAGGACAAGAGGAAUAUGACUGCUGAGACUCUCAAUUUCGGCCCAGAAUGGCUCCGUGCACUAUCCAGCGGGGGCAGUGUGACUUCCCCCCCACCCUCCCCCGCCAUGCCAAAGUACAAACUGGCCGACUAUCGGUACGGCCGCGAGGAGAUGCUAGCACUUUAUAUCAAAGACAACAAGGUUCCUGAGGACAUGCAGGAUAAGGAGUUUGCUGCUAUUCUGCAGGAGGAGCCUCUGCAGCCUCUGGCUUUAGUGCCUCUGACUGAGGAGGAGCAGAGGAACUUCUCCAUGUCGGUGAACAGCGUUGCUGUCCUGAGGCUCAUGGGAAAAGGAGGCGGGGCCAUCCCUGCCGGUGUGGCUCGAGGCCGAGGCAGCACGCGAGGAGGCAGAGGACGAGGAAGAGGAGACAGUGGAUUCUACCAAAGAAGUAUUGAGGAUGGAGAGGUGGGCUUUGGGCGCUGUGGAAGAGAAAUCCAUCGCAGCCAAAGCUGGGACGACAGGGGUGAGCGUCGCUUUGAAAAGCCACUGCGCCGUGACGGAGUGCGUGUGUGUUACGAGGAGGCGCCCAGCGGCAGCAGCGUCGCCAGUGGUGUUGCCGUUGCCGUAGCGACCGCCGGUGGGCGGAAGGACUUUACGCGCUCGGACAGCGACAACUGGCGCACACUCCGCGAGGAGCAGGAGGAUGAGGAAGGGGCCGGAGCCGAGCCCGGAGGCAGCUGGAGAUUGGCUGGCUCGCGCCGAGACGAUGGCGGUCCUCGUUCGGCGGGCUGGCGGGAGCACCCUGGCGAAGCCCGGCGCAGGAAAUACGACUUCAAUUUCCCGGAGGCUGGCGAGGGUGGGCGUCGGAGGGCGGGCAGCGAGGGCCUGGACGAUGACCGUGACAACCUGCCCGAGUGGUGCACCGACGAAGAGGAUGGCGAAAUGGGCACCUUCGACUCCUCCGGCGCCUUCAUGCCCUUGAAGAAGGGCUCUAAAGACCCCAUUCAUGAGGAGCAGGAGUUUGAGUUCCAGGGCCUGGAGGACGAGGAUGACGAGGUCAUGGCCACCGCCAGAGAGGAGGAGAGGAACAGCAGCAGCGAAGGGGAGAGACUGGACAAAGAUGUGAAAGAAGCCUUGGCUGAGAUGGAGGUGAAGCCUGUCUCCCCCUCCUCCCCUCCCUCUCUCCCCCUUUCCUCUAUGCCUGCGCCACCUGCUCCUCUCUCUGAAUCUGUGACUGCUCCCCCUGCUGGUCUGGAAGAGCCGCUGCAGCCCACCAUCAGCAAGAACACCACUGAAGAGGCAGCUCCACAGCUCAGCCCCCCUGCCAGUCUGGCUCCGCCCCCUUCCUCAGCUGCUAUUCACCCCCCACCACCGGGGGGUGACACCGAGGAUGACGAGGGCAUGAAGCACCUGCAGCAGGAGGCUGAGAAGAUGGUGGCGUCUCUCCAGGACUCGUCGCUGGACGAGGAGUGUUUCACCCAGGCGCUGCAGGAGAGUCGGAACACGGCGUCCGCACUGCCCCUCUCCCACGAGGCCGCCAUGAAGUGGUUUUACAAGGACCCGCAGGGAGAGAUCCAGGGUCCGUUCACGACAGUGGAGAUGUGCGAGUGGUUCCAGGCGGGCUACUUCUCCAUGACGCUGCUGGUGAAGCGAGGCUGUGACGAGGGCUUCCAGCCUCUGGGCGACGUCAUUAAGAUGUGGGGGCGCGUGCCCUUUGCCCCCGGACCCUCGCCGCCCCCCCUCCUGGUCCGACCACAACAACAACAACCCCCCCCAGCACGCCAGCCUGCAGCCAGGGCCAACACCGGGAACAUGGAUCAGGAGCGCCUAAAGAAGCAGCAGGAGCUGGCGGCUGCAGCAGCUCUCUAUCAGCAACUCCAGCAGCAACAGCUAUUCCAGCUCAUCAACAGCAGGUGUGGCGAGCAGGGUAUGAUGCCUUCGAUGAACAGGUCAAUGUCAGUGCCAGAUACAGGGUCCAUGUGGGACAUGCAUACCUCAGCCUCACAGCCGACAGGCGGUGAGGCCAGUCUAUGGGACUUAACAAUGAAUUCUUCAACUCAGGGUCCAACUCUUGAACAGCUUCAAAAGCUCCAGCAGGAGAGGAGAGAGGCUGAACUCAGGGCCAAGCGGGAGGAGGAGGAGCGGAAGAGGAGGGAGGAGAAGAGGAGGCAGCAGCAGCAGGAGGAGCACAAGAGGAGAGAGGAGGAGGAGAUGUUCCGACGCAAGCAGUGUCGUCAGCAGCAGGAACUGAUCAUGAAGCUGCUGGCGCAGAGCCAGAGCCAGGGGGGCCCGGCGUCGGGCUCCGGCUGGUCCGGAGGCUCCACCGCUGGGCUGGGCAAGCCAGGCAAGGCCCUGGGGCUCCUGGAGCUGCAACAGGAGGCUGAGAGGGUGAAGCAGCAGCAGAGAGCCCAGCAGCAGCGCGAGAGGCAGCAGCAUGCGGGCCUGAUGUCGGGGCAGUGGGGGGAGGGGGCGGGCUCUCUCUGGGCCAGUGGGAGUGGCCUGGAGGGGAAGUCUGGGGCAGGGGGCGGAGUGUCUGGCGCCAUGGGCAUGUGGGACGAGGCGCUGAAGAGCCAGGCUGGCAUGCGGGGUAUGAGCCACAAGAACAGCAGCAGGAGCAGCCCCUCACUCAGCGAGCGUGAGCAGUAUAUGCUUCGUCGUAAGCGCACAGAGGAGGAGGAUAAGCUGCUGAAGCUGUUGCAGGGCAUGAAGCCUCAGGACGGCUUCACCACGUGGUGUGAACAGAUGCUGCACGCGCUCAACACCACUACCAACAACAACGCCUCUUCGCUUGAUGUGGCCACCAUUGUGGCAUACCUGAAGGAGGUGGAAUCUCCAUACGAGGUGCUGGACUUCAUCCGGUCCUAUCUGGGGGACACCAUGGAAGCCAAAGAGUUUGCCAAGCAGUUCCUGGAGCGCCGUGCCAAACAGAAGGCCAACCACCAGAGGCAGCAGCAGCAGCAACAGCUCUCCAAGGAGGUGGCUGGACUGACCAUGAACAACUUCGCUCUACAGGAUUCCAUGCGUGGCGUGACCCCCAGCGCUCUGCAGUCCAUGUUCCAGGCGGCCCAUGCCGGGAAAGGGGGCAUGGCCUACGACCAGGCCGCCAAGCUGAAAAAGAAACAGCCCAUGAUGCUGCAUUCUGACCCGAGCAUCCUUGGGUACUCAUUCCAUACUGCAGGGGAGCGCCUGAGCCUAAAUGAGAUGGAGAUGGUGGAGGAUUACUGAUCUACAGCAAUAGCUACCUGAGGCCUUUUUUCUAUGUAACAAAAAAACAACAACAACAAAAAAACAACAACAACGUGGUGCCCAAGUAAUCAGACACCCCGAUGACCAAUGUGCACUGCUGUGGGUUGGGGGGGGGGGGGGGGUACUGAAUGCCAGGACUAUCGAGUUUGGGACUUGGGGUGUGUGUGUGGUACAGGGUGGUUGGGGUAAAAGAGGUGGUGUCAGUUGUGUAUAGGGGGUGGACAGAAAUCCUCCUGCCUUAUUCCACUGAGGUUUGGGAGGCAAGCUGGGUUGUAUGGUGUGAGUUUGGUGGAUCGUUUUCUUUGUUGUUUUUUGGAUAUUUGGGUUGUGGGAUUCCUCUGGCACUAAGACAGUAAGCACCUUAAAACUAAAUGCACUUUAUCAAGAUUGCGAUUCUGACGAGGGUUAUAUAUAUAUAGUAUAUAUUAUUUGGGUGUGUGUGUGUAGGCGUGUUUGAAUUUCUGUUGUUGCUUGGGUUUUAUUUUACAUGCGAACAUGUCAUCCAUGUGUGUAGAUAAGGAAUGUGAGCUAGCCCUCUCACACUCUACUACAUGUAUGUGUGUAGAUAAGGAAUGUGAGCUAGCCCUCUCACACUCUACUACAUGUAUGUGUGUAGAUAAGGAAUGUGAGCUAGCCCUCUCACACUCUACUACAUGUAUGUGUGUAGAUAAGGAGUGUGAGCUAGCCCUCUCACACUCUACUACAUGUAUGUGUGUAGAUAAGGAAUGUGAGCUAGCCCUCUCACACUCUACUACAUGUAUGUGUGUAGAUAAGGAAUGUGAGCUAGCCCUCUCACACUCUACUACAUGUAUGUGUGUAGAUAAGGAAUGUGAGCUAGCCCUCUCACACUCUACUACAUGUAUGUGUGUAGAUAAGGAGUGUGAGCUAGCCCUCUCACACUCUACUACAUGUGUGUGUGUAGAUAAGGAAUGUGAGCUAGCCCUCUCACACUCUACUACAUGUGUGUGUGUAGAUAAGGAGUGUGAGCUAGCCCUCUCACACUCUACUACAUGUAUGUGUGUUCGUCACAACUGGAAGGUGUUUUGUUUUUUCUUCCUGAUCUAUGACUGGCGUUUAAGAAGUGAUUGAGAGUGUGUGUGUGUGUGUGUGUGUGUGUGUGUGUGGGGGUGAGGGUGGGUGUAUAUAUGUGUGAGUAGGCCUAGAAUACCAGAGGGACCGAUGGUUUCUGUUUAACAAACAAACAAAAAAAACCCUAUCAGACAAACAAAAUCCUUUCUUGAAAGACACUGUUUAUUUUCUACAUUUCUAUAAAAGGUAAAGCUAUUAAAAUGAUUUAAAAACUUGAAUAUUUGCACUUGCAUAAAAAAUAAUAAGAAAAAAAAAACAAACAAAAAAAGUCAACGUUUAUAUAGAUGAAUAUUUUUGUGAAUGUGUUUGUGUGAAUUUAAAAGUGUGUGUGAGGUUGUACGAGUGUGAAUGUCUUACUGAAGUGUGACCGAAAAUAAUGUCGGCGCAAUUUUUUGUUCUCUGUUUGCUUACCAAGAUUUGUGAGGCCAUUUUGUCAUUUAGUUGAAAUGAGUUACUUUGUUUAUUUUGUAUUUCUGUCAAAAAAUGUCUGUGUGGUCUCUUCUGAAAUGUGUGAGUGCAAGUGUGUGUAUGGCACAGACAUGAUGGUGAGAGGGGGCAAUAGAACAGUGCAUGAAGGUGAGAGAGGGCAAUAGAACAGUGCAUCCAUUUUUGUUUCAACUUUAUUUUUUGUACACCAGCACUCUCAUCCCCAGGUUGAUUUUUUUUUUUUUUUUUUUCUCCUUUCAUUUGCUACCAAACUGGUAUGGGUGCCACCUUCUUUGCCAUUAGCCAACACUUGUUUACCGGCUUACCUGUUUGGUGGGAACUGGGAAGGUCUGGAGGUGUGUGUGUGUGUGUGUGUGUGUGUGUGUGUAAAACAGUCUCCAUGAUCUGUCACCAUGGUUUUGCUUUCUGCAUCUAAGCCACUCGACCACAACUCUGUGCCUCUGUGAGGUUCCAGUAGCAGAAUGGGAUUGAGGUGGACCUUGAAUCUGUGUGUGUGUGUGUGUGCGAGUGCGGGCGGGCGGCUGUGCGCAUAACACAGAAUGAGAUAUCAUAAGAGGUACUCAUUGAAUGAAUGUGUGAUUUUUGUUGUUUGCGAACGUGUGUAUGUGUGCAUUUCCACAAGUGUGCCUAUGAACUAAAAAGGGUCACAGUUCGCCGCAGCCAUGGAGAUUUAAGGCGGUUAUUAUGGGGUGGCAGAGCUGUUUUGAAUCUGUGCCUCAAUGGCUUACUAACCAUGAGAUCUUGCACGACGUGCUGUCUGAUCAUUCUCCGUAGGGCGUAGCACAGUCUGGAGAUGGUUCAUUUGAAAAAGGAAAAAGAAAAAAAAGUAGUCCAGUUUGAUUUCUCCACGGGGAUGUGAGCUAGUUGCCUUGUGUCCACUCUCUUGCUCCUGGGCGAUUGAGUAAUUCUGAUUGUGAUCUUUGCUCUAAAAGUUCAAAAAAGUCAAAAAAAUAAA